AAACUUCCACGUUUUUGGAUUAUUAAGCGAUAAGCAAAUAAGAAAGAACCCUAAUUUUUCUGGGCCAUUCAUCGCCAGAUAAUUACAGCAAGCACCAAAAUGGGUGCUGCAACUCACUGUACGGAAACCAUGGAGAAUUCCCCUACCGCCAUAGCUCCUCUGCUGCUGAGAAAUCUGCUGACCACAAUUUUCGUACACGCCGAUCGCCCCAUGCUCUACUUGUCCCAACACUACAAGCUUCUUAAUCUCCUUCGCCGUGUAAUUCAGUCCACUUUCCUCUUCUUCCUCAGCCUUCUCCCUUCCUUCCUCUCUGCGCUUACGCCUUCCGACGCCGCCGCCAACUACCCUCUCAAUCCCACUAACGACGAGCCACCGCCUGCCGCCCGCCGCAGCAGCGGCGGCGGCGGCUCCGGCGUCUCCCGGGCACUCUACCAGCUGCUGCUGAUAAUGAACGAUGUUCCGGUGAGCUCAAGAAAAUACGAAGUGGUGAGGUCGUUGGCCGAGAAGCUUAUGGACGAGAACAUCUCCGAUGGCCGCGAAGCCUUGAGAGAAGUCAAUCGGGUGGUGCUGUCGGCGGCGUUCUCGAGGACUUUGAGCAGGCUUGAAUUGGCGGCGGUGGAGAAGGGGCGGAGAGGGGGCGGCGGAGAGACGGUGGCCGCGGCGCAGGGGGUGCGGGAGGGCGAGUCUUUUAUUUACGAUAUGGCGAGCCUUUUAUUUAAGGGGAUUGGGUAUUUUGGGCGCGCUGCGUGGCGAUAUGCCGUGAAUGGCGUAGAGUCUGAGACGUCGGGGAGCUCGGCUGAGAAAAUGGCGGCUGAGGUGCUUUGGCUUGCUCAGAAGAUGGCGGCGUCCGGCUGCGCUGAAGAGGCAGUUUAUAAGUGGGCUUCGGCUUCUAAUUUGGCUUCCGUCGCCUUGUCGGCGGAGCCGCGGCUUCAGGGAUCCUUGGUUAAAGCCACAGCAUUCUUGAUAAAAGAAACAAAAGGAAUAGGCGGAGAAGAAGGUGAAGAUGCGACAACGAGAAAAUUGAAGAUGAAAAUAAUGACUUCAUGGCUGCCACUGUUGUGCUGCGCCAACAACGGGACUGAUGCGCCGAUCCUAAGCAUGCGGGAAAGGUUGGAAGUCGAAAAGAUAUUGGAAGAGUUGAUCGCAACAUUAGAGGCAGAGGAGCAAGAAUGGGUGCUGUCGAAUUGGCUCCACCACUACACACAUUGCCCGGCUUCUGACUGGCCGAAUCUCCGGUCUUGCUACACCCAAUGGUACACUGCCUCCCGCCGAAGUUUUGUUGCUUCUACACUGUGAAUAUAAAUACAUACACAUACGUAUACCAUUUUCUGUGUAAUGAUAAUACAUUGAACUUCAAAUAUAAUAGACAAUCCUAUACUAGCAAGAGCACAUGUUCUAGUCAA